ACCAGUUCUAGUUCGAAACCAAACAUAUUAGAUCCAAGUGGACACGGCGACAAAAGUUCUCGUAUACAUAGAAGUCCCGCUGAUUAUGCUUUGGUGUGUAGUUAGCUUUUUCAGCUAACAGAAAUUACGGUCCAUGAAAAUGCAAUUUUGUUCCAACCUCGGCUUCUCAAUAGGCGUCGAUGCGAAUGCGAAGUCUCUACAACAAAGGCAACGGAAAGAAUCAAAUGAGGGAGUCAUCAUGAUGCUGAAGCAAGUAUAAUAGGCGUGGAAAAUCGCCCAAGUAUUCAUCAACAUUCAUCCAUCUCAUCAUUCCUAUCAAUACCUCAGUCUCUUAAGGUAUCUCAAUACUCUAUUGUCAAUACCUACCAAAAACCCAAGGUCUUAGUUCAAGAUGAAGGUCGCCGCUGUUCUCGCCUUUACCUUCCUCGCCCCCAAUGCUGUUUCGGCGUGGAUGUGUAACUGUCGCAACAGAGAGCAGCCUAAUAUUAAGGUUGCUCUGAAGUUCUGCGGACCAGGCUUGGGUCACACCCGCUGUUGGAACCCGAAGACCAACGUACAAGCGUGUAUCUUGAGCAACCCCAUCACUCAAGCUGAUUGCGACGCUAAGUACGGAGGCAAGGGUGAAUGGGUCGCUGAGUGUGAGCACUACACUGGUCCCUGCCCUCCAGGCAUGACCCAGCAGUAAACCCCUCUUGUUGGGCUAGGCACAUGCUCCAGAACAGCAUUUAUAUCAACGUAGAGAUGAUAGCACAUGUGCU